CUAACCGCGCGUAGGGCGGGACCCUCGCUGCUUUCCGUCAUUGUUGGGUUUCGGGGCAGCAUAGGGCUGGCAGGCCGACCCGGCAGGCUACCGAGCGGGGAGGGCAAGACCAGGUGCUGGAGUCACCAGUCUUGUUCAGGUCCCCGUGGUUUCAAAACAGAAUUGUUCAAGCAGGCUCCUGGCAGUCCUGAACACUUCGUCUUGGUUUACUGUUUUCCUACUGUCAUUAUAUCAUGGAAAAUCAAUUGGCUAAAUCAACUGAAGAACGAACAUUUCAGUACCAGGACUCCCUGCCAUCACUGCCGGUUCCUUCACUUGAAGAAUCACUAAAAAAAUACCUUGAAUCAGUAAAACCAUUUGCAAAAGAAGAAGAAUAUAAGAAAACGGAAGAAAUAGUUCGAAAGUUUCAAUAUGGAGUUGGUAAACAAUUGCAUCAGAAAUUACUUGAAAAGGCUAAAGGAAAAAGAAACUGGCUGGAAGAGUGGUGGCUCAACGUUGUCUACCUAGAUGUGCGUAUACCGUCCCAACUGAACGUGAACUUUGUGGGUCCUUCUCCGCAUUUUGAACACUACUGGCCUGCCAGGGAAGGCACUCAGUUAGAAAGAGGAAGUAUAAUUCUUUGGCAUAACUUGAACUUCUGGCAGCAGCUAAGAAGGGAAAAAUUACCUGUACAUAAAUCUGGAAAUGCUCCUCUAGACAUGCACCAAUUCCGAAUGUUGUUUUCCACUUGCAAGAUUCCGGGAGUUGCUAGAGAUUCGAUUGUGAAUUGUUUUAAGACUGAGAGUGAGGGGCAGUCUCCUACCCACAUCGCCGUGCUGUGCCGAGGCCGAGCGUUUGUCUUUGAUGCACUGCAUGAAGGGUGCUUGCUCACCCCACCAGAGCUUCUCAGACAACUUACGCAUAUCCACAAGAAAUGUUGCAGUGAACCUGCUGGACCCAGUAUAGCAGCGUUAACUAGUGAGGAGCGAACGCGAUGGGCAAAGGCAAGAGAAUAUCUGAUUGGUCUUGAUCCAGAGAACUUGACUUUAUUAGAAAAAAUUCAAACCAGUUUAUUUGUGUAUUCUAUGGAAGACACCAGUCCAUAUGUAACUCCAGAAGAUUACUCCCAGAUUUUCGAAAUGCUUCUUGGUGGUGAUCCAGGAGUACGCUGGGGUGACAAAUCCUAUAAUUUGGUUUCCUUUGCUAAUGGAAUAUUUGGCUGUUGUUGUGAUCACGCUCCUUAUGAUGCAAUGGUUAUGGUGAACAUUGCCCAUUAUGUUGAUGAGAGACUCUUAGAAACUGAAGGAAGAUGGAAGGGUUCAGAAAAAGUCCGGGAUAUACCACUUCCAGAGGAGCUGGUUUUCACUGUGGAUGAGAAAAUACUAAAUGACGUCUACCAAGCCAAAGCCCAGCACCUCAAAGGGGUGUCUGAUGUACAGAUAGCAUCAUAUGCUUUCACACCUUUUGGCAAAAAGCUCACUAAGAAGGAAGCACUCCACCCUGAUACCUUUAUUCAGCUUGCACUUCAGCUCGCCUAUUACAGACUUCAUGGACGCCCUGGUUCCUGCUAUGAAACAGCUAUGACAAGAUAUUUUUACCAUGGCCGAACAGAGACUGUGCGAUCUUGUACAGUAGAGGCCAUCAGGUGGUGCCAAUCCAUGGAGGACCCCUCUACCAGUCUCCUCGAACGGCAGCAAAAGAUGUUACAAGCUUUUACGAAGCAUAAUAAAAUGAUGAAAGAUUGUUCAAAUGGCAAAGGAUUUGACCGUCACCUUUUAGGUCUCUUGCUCAUAGCAAAAGAGGAAGGUCUCCCUGUCCCAGAGCUGUUUGAGGACCCACUCUUUUCCAGAAGUGGAGGAGGCGGCAAUUUUGUUCUCUCAACAAGUCUGGUUGGUUACUUACGAGUGCAGGGAGUUGUGGUUCCCAUGGUCCACCAUGGGUACGGGUUUUUCUACCAUAUCAGAGAUGACAGGUUUGUGGUGGCGUGUUCAGCCUGGAGAUCAUGUCCGGAGACUGAUGCAGAAAAGCUAGUUCGGAUGACUUUUCAAGCUUUCCAUGAUAUGAUGCAGCUGAUGAACACUGCUCAUCUUUAGAGAGAUUGCAGAAACUUGGUACGGAGAGUAGGAUCGUGGUACUACGCAGGAUGAAUGUUCACUUAAAGGAAACUUGUUAAAUGUAGGAUUAGUACAUGCUCUCUAGGUUCAAUCUGCCUUAGAAGACAGAGACAUCUUAAAGCCUCCUGUGUUGCAGCGACAAUGCAAAAUCAGACUGAGUGAAUCCAGAACUAUGCAGUGUUUAAUAUAAGCCUCAACAAUGCAAAUUUGUAUAUUUUAACAAUGCAAAUCCUACCCUAAUGUUAAAAUAUCUUUGUUGGCACAUGUAUAGGUUGCAAGUCCUCUGCGGACAUAAUGAUAGAGUCUACUUUCUAAGCACUUUAAUAUUUUCUUAUCGCCAGAGGGUAAAAAGCACAUGGUUAGAUGCUAAUUUCCCUGACGUCAGUGCCUUCCACACCCAGCACAGAACACAAGCCUAUUUAUUAGGCUUUGUGGGAAAAACACUACUAUUCCGAAGUGAUCUAAAAUAGCUCCUUUGAACAGACAAAAGAAUCAAGUUGUAUUGGAAAUUUUUACACUAACACAGAAAACAAUCUUAGCAAAACUCAUUAAGAUACAUUUAACUCAUUUUGUGACUAAAAUUAAGGCACUUCCAUUUAAACCUAAUUGUUAGAGCCGGUGACUUUCAAAGGGUUAAAUGUCAAAUGUGGUUCUCAGGACUUCACAGUGGUUUCACAUCACUGUUGCAGUUUGUGGCUUAUAUUCUCAAAGAAUAAACAUCCAGAAUCCUGUAGCUUCUCAGCUUAUGUUGGGGGGUGGUAUUCCUGUUUGUUUUCUUUGCAUUUUCUCAUAUCAGCUAAAUAUUAUGUAAUAAACCACCUACAACUUA